AUGAAACUCAUGUGGCUUCCAGUACUUUCCACCGCGGCCGCAGCUCUGACGCCUGAGGAGUAUUUGGUCUGGACUGCCGAUUCAUUCCUCAGCCAUGGAGUUGAAAAGGACUUUCAUUACACCACAGCGGUCUUCUACGAAGGUCUCCACGCGGCCAUAAACGUUACGGACAACCAGACGUACGUAGACUGGUACCGCUCACAAAUCGAUGGCCCGGUGGUACUCGACAAUGGAACCAUCGCCGACUGGAACUUGUCGUUCUACUCGCUCGACGACUACCGGAUUGGCAACAACUUCCUCUGGUGGUAUGACCGAACAGGAGAUGAGAAGUACAAGUCUGCGGCGGCCAUCAUCCGCGACCAGCUCAACCGACACCCGCAGAACGCGGAAGGUGGAUUUUGGCACCGAGCACCAAUCUAUGCGAAUCAGAUGUGGCUCGAUGGCAUAUUCAUGGCCGAUACCUUCUAUGCUCGCUGGACCGCACGCUACGACAGCGACAACGAGACCGCAUGGGACCACAUCGUAACGCAAUUCGACAACAUCGAGAAGCACUGCCGAAAUGAGACGACAGGACUGCUCGUUCAUGGCUACGAUGCAAGGAAAACCGCAGUCUGGGCAGAUCCUGUCACCGGUGCUGCACCAAAUGUCUGGUCUCGAGCUGUGGGAUGGUACUUGAUUGCCCUGCUUGAAGUCAUUCCUCUUCUCCCAGCUUCGCAUGCUGGAAAGGAAAAAUUGACCACAUAUUACACCACCUUGGCAGCCGCACUGAAAACCCAUCAAGAUGAGUCCGGUGGUUGGUGGCUGAUUAUGAAUGAGCCGUACGUUGGAGCGGAAGGGAAUUACAUCGAGAGCAGUGCUAGUGCCAUGUUUACCUAUGGUCUAUUGAAAGGCAUCAAGGAUGGAUAUCUUGAAGAGUCGGAGUACUGUGGGACUGCGAAGAAGGGAUACCAGCUGUUGACAGAUCGGUUCGUUGUGGAUAAUGGUAAUGGAACGAUGAAUUGGGAAGGCACGGUUGAGGUUGGCAGUCUCAGUGGUAAUGGUACCUACGAGUACUACAUCGGCGUCCCGCUCGCCACGAAUGACCUGAAAGGCGUCGGUCCUUUCAUGCUGGCCAGUCAGCCUUCUCUACACCUAUGA